AUGACAACGCAAAACCGAGCCGCCCUAAUGCUAUCGAGCCUCAAAAAGACUAUUAUCGAAGUCUCUGGAAGCUACAGCAACCGAGGAUCUGGCUACUACGAUGCGCCUCCCGUCGAGGACAAAACACCUUUGGUUCAAGACCUGGAAGAGAUGAUUGUCUCACCGUUGACGACGAAGGACGAAAAGGUCGUGCUGAUAGAUACGUUGAUGGUGGUGAGAGUGUUGCAGAGAUUGAAGGAGGAGGAAUGGUCGGACAGGUUGAAGGAGGUUUUUGAAAAGGGUGACAAGGAACACAGCCGGAGGAGGUGA